AACCAACCAACCAACCAUAUCGAAAUUUUGAAUCAUACCCACUUCUUAAUCUUUCAAUUCCCAGAAUAAAAACCUUUCCUUUUUCAAAACCCAUAAAGAAUAUCGACUCUUUUCACGCUACCCACCCACUCCCCAUGCCUUAAAUAUUCUUCUUCUUCACUUCACUUCUUAAUCUCUCUUCAUUUCGCUUUUUCCUUCCUGGGUUUUCUUUAUUUUUUAGUUUUUCCAAAUGGGUUUGCUUCGAUUCUUCAAGAAAUCCAAACUUGCUCAUAAAAAAGCCGUUCUUGACCAUGUUUUUUUCGGUGCUGGGAAGUUCCGGUGGACUGAGAUCGAGGCUUUUACUAAUCAUUUCUCCACCGUCGUCGGCUCCGGCGGCUUUAGCAAAGUGUAUCUUGCUCGGAUGACAGCCGGAGCGGCGGCGGUUAAGAUUUUGGGCGGUAGUGAGCGGCUCAAUCGGAUGUUCCGGCAGGAGUUGGACAUUCUCCUUCAGCUCCGGCACCGGAAUAUUGUCGGUUUCAUUGGCUAUUGCGAUGAAGGAGAUUUAGGAGCUUUAGUAUUCGAAUAUGUCCCAAAUGGGAAUUUACAAGAGAAGCUCCACAGCCGACCGGCGGCGGCGGUGGUUCUGCCAUGGAAAAUCCGGCUGACCAUAGCCUUUCAAUUAGCCCAAGCAAUCGAAUAUCUCCACGAGAAAUGCAGACUACAAAUCGUUCACAGCGAUAUAAAAUCUUCAAACAUUUUACUCGACGAACGAUUCAAUUGCAAAUUGUGCGAUUUCGGCUCUGCAAAAAUGGGAUUCUCGUCGGCGGUGGCGAAUCAGUCGUCCUCGUCGCCGCCGAGCCCCUUCAGAGCAAAGCAAUUGAUGAUGGGAUCCCCUGGUUACACAGAUCCCCAAUACUUGCGAACCGGAAUCGCCUCAAAGAAGAACGACAUUUACAGUUUCGGCGUCGUUCUGUUAGAGCUAAUCACCGGAAAAGAGGCAUUCUGUUCGGAAAAGGGUCAGAUUUUAACUUCAAUUAUACCGCCGACGGUGCGCCACGGUGGAGGAAUUACACCGUCGGCAGUGGUGGAGCUAGUGGAUCCGCGGCUUCGGGGGGAUUUCGAUGGGGGAGAAGCGGGAGCCUUGCUCUCAAUUGCGACGGCUUGCAUAUCGCAGCCGCCGGCGCCCAGGCCGACGAUCGGUGGGGUGCUGCAAAUGAUGAAGGAGCGGAUCGGGAAGAUGAGCGGAGACACGUGGCGAUAAAUUAUUGGGAAAUGAGCGGUGGUAAAAAGUGUAAAUAUGUAAAUGGGUUGAGGGUUUUUUUUUUGGAGUGGAAUAUUUGUUUGUUUGAGCAAUUUAUUCAAUUGUAUAACUAUAACAUAUUCAAAAUUCACAUGUUUAUGGUAAUAUUUA